GUUUUUCCAAGAGGGCUGUGCUGAUUAGGUAAGGAGAUGUCAUGGUCUUCUUCCGUGGAUGUAGGAAGAUAGCAGAUAUGAUCGCCUGAGGAAGCCAGAGCGCAGAGUGCAGGGAUGGCUUUCGCCCAGUCACACAUCAUGGCAGCGAGAAGACAUCAGCACAGUAGACUCAUCAUUGAAGUGGAUGAGUACAGCUCCAACCCCACACAGGCUUUCACGUUCUACAACAUUAACCAGGGACGUUUUCAGCCCCCACAUGUGCAAAUGGUUGAUCCGGUGCCCCAUGAUGCUCCCAAACCUCCAGGAUAUACACGAUUUGUCUGUAUUUCUGAUACUCACUCAAGAACUGAUCCCAUCCAAAUGCCAUAUGGAGAUGUGUUAAUACAUGCUGGUGAUUUUACUGAGCUGGGACUUCCUAGUGAAGUAAAAAAAUUCAAUGAGUGGCUAGGUAGCCUGCCCUAUGAAUACAAGAUUGUGAUAGCAGGAAAUCAUGAAUUGACCUUUGAUCAGGAAUUCAUGGCUGAUUUAAUCAAGCAGGACUUUUACUAUUUCCCCUCUGUUUCUAAGCUGAAACCAGAGAGCUAUGAAAAUGUACAGUCUCUUCUAACAAACUGCAUCUAUCUUCAAGACUCUGAAGUGACAGUGAGGGGAUUCAGAAUAUAUGGCUCCCCUUGGCAACCUUGGUUUUAUGGCUGGGGCUUUAAUCUUCCACGAGGCCAAGCACUAUUAGAGAAAUGGAACCUUAUUCCAGAUGGAAUAGAUAUUCUUAUAACACAUGGACCACCUCUCGGUUUUCUAGAUUGGGUUCCUAAGAAAAUGCAACGGGUAGGAUGUGUUGAACUGCUGAACACAGUCCAGAGACGAAUACAGCCAAGGCUUCAUGUUUUUGGACAUAUCCAUGAAGGUUAUGGUGUCAUGGCUGAUGGAACAACUACCUACGUGAAUGCAUCUGUGUGCACUGUGAAUUACCAGCCACUUAAUCCACCUAUAGUUAUUGACUUACCCACUCCAAGGAACACAUGAUUAUAAUGAAGAUUUAGAGUUGUGCCCAACACAUUAGCAACUUUAUAUUGCUGGCUGAGAAUCCCAAAAGGGAACCAUUCAAGAAAAAAGCAAAAACCUUCUUUUUUUCCUGCUAGCUCUUCAGGGAUAAAUUCUGAGUGAUAAAAGUGGAUGAGGAGCAAAUAAAUUUUGGUGCCAGAAACAAAUUAAAGACUUUAACGUUUCACCAUUAAAAUAUUUGUGAACAUGGAAAAGUGAAUGCAUUCCACAUACAUAUAUAUAUAUAUAUAUACACACAUAUACAUAUAUAUAUAUCUCAAGUAGGGACUUUUGUA